AUGCUGCGCCUGCAGCAACUCGCCGGCACCGCGCGCACGCGGACGCCUGCCGCCGUCAGGACCAGCCUGCGUCCUCCAGCUGCCCGCUUGUCCGCCGCCAGGUGCUCAUCCACCUCCUCCUCGACCACCAUCGCCCUGCGGAGAAGACCGCUGGCCCCGAACUCCCUGGCGCGUCUCAAAAACAACAAGGUGCCGAACUUCUUCAGUCGUCCCAUUUCUACAAACCAUGUCCCACCACGCACGCCCGCCGCCCUCAGAGCCCUCUACAAGACUGCCGCUUGGUUGGGUAUUUUCAUUAUUGUUGGCGGCACCAUAGUGGUUACCUUCUUCAUCUACGACGCUACCACAUAUAAAGAGGGCCCCUUCAACGAGGACAUUCACGUUUCCGAGCUUGCCCUCUUUCCCCGGAAAGGAGGUCCCAAAAACCUGCCCAUUGCCGAGCAUUUGGUCGACGAUGACGACAGCCCGGAAAAAAAGGAGCAAAAGCACAAGCCGAAGCUGGUAAUUCUGGGUACCGGAUGGGGUAGCAUUUCCCUGCUAAAGGGCUUGAAUCCUGACGACUACCACAUUACCGUUGUUGCGCCCUCCAAUUACUUCCUUUUCACUCCGAUGCUUCCGUCCGCCACCGUGGGCACGCUGGAGCUCAGGUCGCUGGUCGAACCGGUGCGGCGCAUAAUAGCGGGCAAGAACGGUCAUUUUUUCAAGGGCAAGGCAGUUGAUGUAGAAUUCUCGGAAAAGCUGGUCGAGGUCGCGGGCGUCGGUCCCCACGGUGAAGAAGAACACUAUUACCUGCCCUACGACAAGCUGAUCAUUGGCGUUGGCUCCGUAACCAAUGCCCACGGCGUCAAGGGCCUCGAGAACUGCCAUUUUCUCAAGGAUAUUACCGAUGCACGCUUGAUCCGGAACUCCGUGAUUCAGAACUUGGAAGCCUCGUGCCUGCCUACGACCACGGAUGAGGAGCGUCGUCGUCUUCUCUCUUUUGUUGUGUGCGGAGGCGGACCUACUGGUGUCGAAUUCGCAGCCGAGCUUUACGACAUGCUCAACGAGGAUUUGACCAAAUUUUUCCCCAAAAUUCUUCGAUCAGAGAUUUCAGUGCACGUAAUCCAGAGCAGAGGACACAUUCUUAACACGUACGACGAGGCUCUUUCGAGAUACGCUGAGGCCCGCUUUGCCCACGACCAAGUCGAUGUUCUUACAAACUCCAGAGUGAAGGAGGUCCGCGAAGACAAGAUUCUCUUUACGCAGAAGGACGAGAAGGGAAAGGUUAUCGUCAAGGAACUGCCCAUGGGCUUCUGCCUGUGGUCAACUGGUGUGGCACAAACCGAUUUCUGUGCAAGACUGGCCAAGAAGCUCGACGGACAAAACAACAGACACGCUCUGGAGACCGACGCCCACUGCCGUGUUGUAGGAGCACCCCUAGGCGAUGUCUACGCUAUCGGCGACUGCUCUACCGUGCAGAACAACGUGUCUGACCACAUCGUAACCUUCCUGCGUACGCUUGCUUGGGAGAAGGGCAAGAACCCGGAGGACAUGCACAUCUCUUACUCGGACUGGCGGCUGGUCGCCAAGCGCGUGAGGGCACGCUUCCCGCAAUCGGCAGACCAUCUGCGCCGUCUCGACAAGCUGUUCGAGCAGUACGACAAGGACAAGAGCGGCACUCUCGACUUCGGCGAGCUGCACGAGCUGCUGCGCCAGAUUGACUCGAAGCUGACCUCGCUCCCGGCCACGGCCCAGCGCGCCCAUCAGCAGGGCCAGUACCUGGCGCGCAAGUUCAACGCCAUUGCGCGCGCCGCCCCCGGCAUGCGCAUGAACCAAAUCGAUUACGGUGACCUUGACGAAGCAACCUACAAGGCGUUCGAGUACAGGCAUCUCGGCUCGCUUGCGUACAUCGGUAACGCCGCCAUUUUUGAUAUAAACGGCCUCAACUUCUCUGGUGGCCUGCUGGCUGUCUACCUUUGGCGUAGCGUCUACUUCGCGCAGAGCGUGAGCUUGCGGACGAGAAUCCUGCUCGCCAUGGAUUGGACCAAGAGAGCCUUGUUUGGACGAGACCUCAUGAACUUCUAG